CGCAUUACUUAUAAAUGUUCUACGAUUACUCAUCAAAUUUUUUUCUUUUUAUUCGAUAUUUAAAUUUAUCUUAUAUUUACAUAUGUGUCAAUUAUUUCCUCGUAAUUAUAAUCUUUAAAAUUAAAUAGAGAAUUGCUAUAAUUCUAUAGAUAAGUUUAUACGAAAAAAUCAGAAUAAAUGACAUAAUUUUGACAAGGUGUUAUUGAAAGCUCUUACAAAAUGAAUGUGAUUUUUAUCUACUUCGAAAUACAUUGAAGAUCCUGAUCUUUAAAAAUUUGAAAUAUUUGUAAUAGCUUUCUUACUUCGCGAUGGCUAAAAAUUUAACAGCAAAAAUCGGACCUUCAAUUUUAAAUGCUAAUUUAGCACAAUUGUCUGAGGAAUCGCAACGUUUGUUAAAUAAUGGUGCGGAUUAUCUUCAUUUGGAUGUAAUGGAUGGUCAUUUCGUUCCUAACCUUACUUUUGGCCAUCCUCUUGUAAAAUGUCUUCGUAGUAAUAUAAAAGAUGCAUUUUUUGAAACACAUAUGAUGGUCUCUAAUCCGGAACAGUGGAUCGAACCAAUGGCCGAUGCUGGUGUGAAUCAAUAUACAUUUCACGUAGAACCAGUUAAAGAUGUUCCAUCAGUUUGUAGGAAAGUUAGAGAAGCAGGAAUGAAGGUAGGGGUAGCACUUAAACCAGGUACGCCAGCAGAUGUAAUUGUUGAUUAUGUUGAUUUAGCUGAUAUGAUAUUAGUUAUGACAGUCGAACCAGGAUUUGGAGGACAAAAAUUUAUGGAGUCAAUGAUGCCAAAAGUAGCAUGGCUUAGAAAGAAUUAUCCUACUCUAGAUAUUGAAGUUGAUGGCGGAGUUGGUCCAGCUACUAUAGAAGCUUGCGCAAAGGCUGGUGCAAAUAUGAUAGUAUCUGGAACAGCGGUAAUUGGUGCUACUGACCAGGCAAAAGUUAUAAGAGAUUUGAAACAUGCUGUUAAUUGUGUAUUGAAUAAUUAAUAUGAUAGGGAAAAUAAAUGUUAUUAGUAACAUUUUGUAAAUAUAUUUUAUAAACAAAAAUUUAA